GGGGCUGCGCGCGCCAUGGAGCCGCGGUGCCCGCCGCCGUGCGGCUGCUGCGAGCGGGUGGUGCUCAACGUGGCCGGGCUGCGUUUCGAGACGCGGGCGCGCACCCUGGGCCGCUUCCCGGACACGCUGCUAGGGGACCCGGCGCGUCGCGGCCGCUUCUACGACGGCGCGCGCCGCGAGUACUUCUUUGACCGGCACCGGCCCAGCUUCGACGCGGUGCUCUACUACUACCAGUCUGGCGGGCGGCUGCGGCGGCCGGCGCACGUGCCGCUCGACGUCUUCCUGGAGGAGGUGGCCUUUUACGGGCUGGGCACGGCGGCGCUGGCGCGCCUGCGCGAGGACGAGGGCUGCCCCGUGCCGCCCGAGCGCCCCCUACCCCGCCGCGCCUUCGCGCGCCAGCUCUGGCUGCUCUUCGAGUUCCCCGAGAGUUCGCAGGCCGCGCGCGUGCUCGCCGUCGUCUCCGUGCUCGUCAUCCUCGUCUCCAUCGUCGUCUUCUGCCUCGAGACGCUGCCGGACUUCCGCGACGACCGCCACAACCCGGGGCUCGCUGCGGUAGCGGCUGCUGGCCCGUUCCCCGCUCGGCUGAAUGGCUCCAGCCCAGUGCCUGGACCUCUGUCUCGCAUGCCCUUCGAUGACCCGUUCUUUGUGGUGGAGACGUUGUGUAUCUGUUGGUUCUCCUUUGAGCUACUGGUGCGCCUAGCAGCCUGCCCAAGCAAGGCGGCCUUUUUCAAGAACGUGAUGAACCUCAUCGAUUUUGUGGCCAUCCUCCCCUACUUUGUGGCGCUAGGCACCGAGCUAGCCAGGCAUCGGGGUGUGGGCCAGCAGGCCAUGUCACUGGCCAUCCUACGAGUCAUCCGACUGGUGCGCGUCUUCCGAAUCUUCAAGCUGUCCCGGCACUCAAAGGGCCUGCAGAUCUUGGGCCAGACACUACGGGCCUCCAUGCGUGAGCUGGGUCUCCUCAUCUUCUUCCUCUUCAUCGGUGUGGUCCUCUUCUCCAGUGCAGUCUACUUUGCUGAGGUCGACCGGGAAGACUCCCAUUUCACCAGCAUCCCUGAGUCCUUUUGGUGGGCGGUGGUCACCAUGACCACAGUUGGCUAUGGAGACAUGGCACCCGUCACUGUGGGUGGCAAAAUAGUGGGCUCUCUGUGCGCCAUCGCUGGAGUGCUGACCAUUUCCCUGCCCGUUCCGGUCAUUGUCUCCAACUUCAGCUACUUUUACCACCGGGAGACAGAGGGCGAAGAGGCUGGGAUGUACAGCCAUGUGGACACGCAGCCCUGUGGCCCACUGGAGGGAAAGGUCAAUGGGGGAUUGAUGGAUGGAGAGAUGCCUGAGCUACCACCUCCACUCUGGGCCCCCCCUGGGAAACACAUGGUCACCGAAGUGUGA